AUGUCGGCCCCGUCACCGGCAUCGGAUCCACGAAGGCCGAUGGCCCACCAUUGCAUGUUGAAAUCCUUCCAAAAGUUCGACGUCACGAGGUUUGGAAUUGAUAUUCACAAAAUCUCCACAACUUUCCGACUGUCGCGCAAAAUGGAGGACAUCGAUGAGCGCCCAUCCAAAAUCCGGAAACUCAGUUCAGCUGAAGACAUUACUGACCCAAUAUCAAUUACGGAAUCGUCUACAGCCAAUUCGCACCCACAAAUAACUGCAGUCCCCGAAGAGUCAUCACCCCACCAAGACGACGCAUCUGAGGAGCAUGAGGACGAAGCUGAACACAACGAUGGAUCCGCCACCGUCCAAAAUGGGGACCAAUCACAAUUAUCCAAAAGCCAACGUAAGAAAAUAGCCAAAAAAGAAAAAUGGGAAGCCGCCAAAGAAUACCGCAAAGUCAAGCGUCGAGAAAAACAUAAAGAGAAGCAAGUCAAGAAGCAACAAGCAAAGGCCGAACUGAAAGCCAAAAUUGAAAGUGGAGAGAUUGAAGCUCUGCAACCAGCUCAAGUACAGCAGAAGGGAAACCCUAUCCAACUCCCAAUUACAAUCAUUUUGGAUUGCGAUUUCAAUGAUCUUAUGACGGAGGGUGAAAUCAUUUCUAUGGGUGCUCAGAUCACGAGAUGCCAUUCAGAUAAUAGGAAGGCCUUGUUCAAGUCCCAUCUUGUUAUUAGCUCUUUCGGUGGGGCUUUGCAGACUAGGUUUGAAACCGUGCUUGCGAAUACUCAUCUGAGCUGGAAGGGUGUUAGGUUCUUGGAAAAGAACUUUGUCGAAGCUGCCAGUGAAUUAGAUGGCGUGAUGAGAGGACCUGGCGGUGGAGAGCUAGCUGGAGCCCUGCUGCCAAAGGAUGAUGAAAACGUUGAAUCGGAUCUCCCAGCCAAAGUCGCAGAUAAAGUCGAAGAGCAAGAUCAGCCUUCAAUUGUUUACUUGAGUUCAGAUUCGCCUCACACCUUGGAUCGCCUGUCACCAAAUACCAGCUACAUAAUCGGUGGGAUCGUGGACAAGAAUCGACAUAAAGGACUUUGUUACAAAAAAGCCACAGAACGGGGAAUUCCAACAGCAAGGUUGCCGAUUGGAGAGUUCAUGACUAUGCAGAGUCGGACUGUACUGACUGUCAACCAUGUUGUGGAAAUCAUGCUAAAAUGGAUGGAAACUGGUGAUUGGGGACAAGCUUUCUUAACUGUCAUUCCCAAGCGGAAGGAGGCUAAGCUUAAGAAUAAGAACGCCAAACUGGGCGAGAAACAGGGCAAAGAAGAUGGCGAGGGAAGUAAAGACAAGGGUAGCGAAGACGAUGAUGGAUAUGAGGGAAAUGUGGACAUGAUUGAGGAAGGCGAAAAUAUUGGGCAGACGGUAUCGAAACAUGACAGUAACCUACCUGCCGAUCCAUAA